UGAUGUCACUAUGAGGAAGUGAGCAGGAAGUUGAUGCUGUAUUCAUCUCUGAGACUGUCUCAUUUGUGAACGUGAGAGCAAGAACAGAGACUGAGAGAGACAGAGAAGCACGAUGGCUGCAUUCACAUGGAUUCAAAUGUCUUCAUUACUGAUACUGAUGCUUCAGUUUAAAGGAACAACUGAGCAACAUCAAACUGUUCAAACUAUCACAGCUGGACGUGGACAUGAUGUUACUCUGCCUUGUAAAAAUGUGAUACAAGGUCAGCAUAACUGUAUCAGUACUACCUGGAUCUUCAGUGAUUCAAGCAGCUCAGUAUCACUCUUUGAACUUGGGCAGAAUAAAGAAGCCAAACCUAAAUCAGACAGACUGAGUCUUUCUGCAGACUGUUCUCUGGUUAUAAAGAAGGUCACAGAUCAGGAUGUUGGUCGUUACACCUGCAGACAGUUCAAAACAGCAACAGGAUCACAAGAAGGUCCAGAGUUUACGAUUCAUCUGUCUGUUAUUAACAUUGAAGAUGUGAAAACGACAACAAAAUCAACAAUUAAACCAACAUUAAAAAUAACAAAUAUACGGACAACAAAAGAGGAAGUAAAGACAUCGCUGACAACAACAUCAAAUCAACCAGACGGUGAAGAUGUGAAAACAAAUAAAUCAACAACAGUGACGUUCACCACAAAAACAUCUUCGACAACAAAAUCCACAAAAACAACAAUUAAACCAACUGUGAAAAUAAACACAUGGACAACAAGAGAGGAAUUAAAGACAUCAGCAGGAACACUGACAACAGCAUCAAAUAUUCCAUCUGGAGGUCAUUCAGGGUUUAUCAUCGUUCCUGUGGGUUUAGCAGCUCUCUUAAUAACUGUUGUUGUGAUCAUCAGAUGGAAGAAAACUAAAGAAAACAAAACACAAUGUGGCAACAACACGGGACUGAGCUUAAACCCUCCAGACACUGAAUCUGGUCCAGGAACCAAUCAGGACACGAUGUGGACUGAUGCUGAUGAUGGUGUGUCAUAUGCCUCCAUCAGCUUCACCAAGAAGACCAAGAAUAAAGCCCGGGCUGGUGAUGAUGAUGACACUGUGACUUACAGCACAGUGACAGCUGCCUCACCUGCUGGUGUUACCAAUGAUCCCAGUGACCUCUAUUCCACCAUCAACAAACCAAAGAAAUAGGAUGUUACUCAUAAAAUGUUUCCUAUCGUUUUUCUGAUGCUGCAUCAAUGUUUGGAUGAUAGAGUAACUUCAUUUUUGUUCUUUUUAAAGUAAAUUUGUAAUUUUGUAUGAUUUAAUGUUGAGUGUAAUCCAAAGGUAUGUAGACCAUGGAUCAAGCAGUGGUGUGCAUGAGUGUGAAUUGAGUCAG